GAGCUGGACCGUUGACUGACCGGCAACAGACCAGCCGGGCUGUGUGUGUGUGAGUGAGUGAGUGUGAUUUUUAAACCAGUUUGCUCUCUGACAAAGUGUAGUGACUACAGUUUCCACCAUGAAGAAGAGAAACAGCAGCAACGCCAGCAGGAGAAGCUCCACCAUCAAAAGACGCAGCGAGAAUUUGGGUUUUGAUGAAUUCGGCUUUGCCUUGACCAAAAGAAAGGACCAGAAACUUCAUCACCGAUGUCACGAAUACAGCUACCCCCAGCUGAGCUCAGUGAGAGUGAAGGAGCUGUGUGAGCUGCUCAGCUACUGGAAUGGAGCCAGCUUCAUCUGCAGGAGUCAGAUUGAGCGAUUUAUAAGGAUGGGUAUUCCUCCGAGCCUCCGAGGCAGAGUGUGGAAGUGUCUCCUCAGCAUUGACUCUCUGAGAGAAACCAGUGACUUCAACUACCAGAAUUGCCUGUUGGAGGUGCGAGGGCCCUUGGUGGACUUGGGUGUCAGUGAGUAUGGCAUUCUGUCUGCCAUCGCUACUCUGAGUGACACCCAGAACGAUCAGGGUUCGGUCCAUCAGCAAGCCUCCAGCUGCCCCGAGCCCCGCUGCUCCAGAGACGACGUCAUGCUCUUUCGACAGAUUGCUCUGGAUCUGCAGCGUUCCUUCCCAACCCACCGCUCCCUGAUGGGCGAGAGUCCAGAGGCCAUCGAGGGUCAGGCCAAACUGUUUAGAGUCCUCAUCGCCUAUGCCAAGUACAACCCUCAGAUUGGAUACAGUCAAGGGAUGUCAUACAUAGCUGCGGUGCUGCUAAUGCAGUUAGGAGAGGAGGAGGCUUUCUGGGCCCUGGUAGCCUUGUUGGAUAAACCCAAAUAUCUGGCACAACUAUUUGACCUCAACCUCACCAAGGUCCAGCAUCAGGUGACGGUGUUUGAUCAGUUCCUAAAGCACCGGAAGCCACACCUGUUUCAGCACAUCGAGUCAGUGGGAGUGUCCUCAGUCCAUUUUGUGAUGCCUUGGUUCCUUACCCUCUUCACCUCCCUGCCCUGCUGGGACUCUGUCCUGGCUGUCUGGGACCUCAUCAUCCUGCACGGCUUGCCAGCCGUGUUUCGUGCUGCUCUGGUCAUCAUUCAGCUCCUGGAGUCUCGUCUGAUGACCCUCAGUGAUGAGGGAGCAGUGCUUCCCCUCCUCCUAAGGGUACCUGUUGAUGUGGCUCAGUAUAAAGUGUUGGUGCCCGCCUUGUGGAAUACUGAGGUCCAAGACUGGGAGAUUAAAUGUAUGAACAGCCUGGUACUGGAUGAAACCCAGCAUGGUCCCAAGACUGAAUGGUGUGCGGAGCAGGAGGUCCCACUACCCAGCCAAGUGAGAGAGGAGAAAGAAAAAGAAAAUGUCUCAGCACCUGCAGAGGAAGAGAAGAAGACUGAGAAGGACUCUAUUACUGGAGCUAAAAGUGUGUUGACCCGGGUGUUGCAUCUGGCCCAGCGGUACCUUUUGGAUCCAGUAGGUCGACAGAGGGCUGGGGUAAAGGGUUCACAAACACAGAACAGAUCCAGACAGGCCAGCCCUGCACGUGGCCAAUUCCUCAAGGGUCAGAUGUCUGCUUCACUAACACAAGCCCGGAUCAUAUCCAGGAGGCGGAGCCAGCAGCGGAGUGGCUUCCCCCAGGCAGCACGAGGGGCCAGUGGUGAUCCCACUGUGGCCACCAGUACUGUGACAUAUACAGCUGCUGGUGUCAAAGAGGACAGACCAGAGCGAACCUUCAGGAGGACAGGUACGGGACCUGUUGGCAAAGUGGCCCGUCGUCGUAGCAACAACAGCCUCGUCCAGCCUAUCAGAGUCAAAUCCCUCCGCCUACUCCGGAACAGCAAGAACCCGAUGACACAGACCUCCCCCUCUUCCUCUUCCAUCCUCCCCUCAUCCCUGCGCGCCCCAACCCCUCCACCCUCCUCCUCCAUCCCAUCUUCCACUACUCUGUCAUCCUGCGGCUCUGAAUCCACUGCGUCUGCGAGCAGGGAGCAGCCAAAGCAGCAGGACACUCCCAGGACAGCUCUCAUCAAGGAGCUGUCAUCCAAACAUCAGACCAGCGUCCCCUUCAGAAAUGCCAGGGAAUCAAAGCUCAUCUGAGACUGACAAAGAAAGAGGGACGUAACAGAUGGGAAGAAUAAAUGCAGAGCACUAAAAUUCAGAUUUGCAUUUCUGCACUGAAAACUCACUAGUUAGUACUGUAGAAAAGGUGAGAAAUUGACUCACCUGGGAACUCCCAGCCAACUGUUGCACUUUUCAUGGAUCCAGAUAUUGUAUCUGAUGUUUUUUACAGCUGUCAAACCAGCUGUGUGUCUUACACACUGCAGCAUGAGGCCUGGGAACCAGACAGGAGCUUUAAACUCAUCGCCUCCUGAAUAUUUUGAGUGUGUGUGUGUUUGCAUGGAUUCAUACGGACACAUGCAUGUAGGGCCCAAAUCUAUUUUGAUACUACUUUCACUUGAAUUGCUCUGAUGGUGCUGUUAUUUUUUCCAAUUGACUCAUAAGUCAUCUCUGUCUGUGUUUUUAUUUACUUUUUAUAGAGUUGGAACUAAUAAAAUAUUGACAUUCUUUCUAA